AGCAGAUUGAAUCUUUAAACCCCGAGUUCAAAGGCACAAUGUACAACAUGCUGGCCUACAUCAAACACUUAGAGGGUCAGAAUGAGGCCGCCCUGGAAUGCUUGAAGCAAGCUGAAGAGUCCACCCGGCAAGAGCACGCUGACCAAGCAGAGGUCAGAAACCUGGUCACCUGGGGAAACUACGCCUGGGUCUACUACCACCUGGGCCGACUCCCAGAAGCUCAGGCUUACGUGGACAAGGUGAAACAGGUGUGUGAGAAGUUUUCUAACCCCUAUAGCAUUGAGUGUCCUGAGCUGAACAGUGAGGAAGGGUGGACAUGGCUUAGGUGUGGAAAAAUUCAAAACGAAAGAGCAAAAGUUUGUUUUGAGAAGGCUUUGGAAAAGAAACCUAACAACCCAGAGUUUUCUUGUGGACUGGCAAUUGCCAAGUUUAAUCUGGACAGUAAACCACCAAAGCCAGUAACAGAUAGUGUUUUAAAUCGGGCUAUUGAGCUGAAUCCUGACAAUCAGUACAUUAGAAUUCUUCACGCUUUGAACCUGCAGAGAAUGGGAGAAGAAGCUGAAGGAGAGAGAAUAGUCAAGGAGGUCUUGGAGAAAACUCCUCAUCAAAAUGAUGUUUUUCGCAUUGCAGCCAAAUUUUACAAAAUUAAAGGUGAGCUAGACACAGCUAUUGAACUCAUUCAAAAGAUGCUGCAGUCCACACCAAACAAUUGCUACCUCUAUCACCAGAUUGCAUGCUGCUAUUGGGCAAAAGGCAAACAAAUUCAGAAUGAAAAAGAACUUGAUGCAGACAGGAUGAGCGAGAAGAUUGAAGAAGUAAGGAAAAAGGCACAGGAGUAUUUGGAUAAAGCCAUUGAGAAGGGCCUCAAUCCUCUUGAUGCACCUGAUCUCACUAAGCUCCUGGAAACAGAGGACUAUUACCAGAUCACUUCCAACAAGAAGUUCCCCUCCCUGGAAAGAUUCACUCAGUCACUCAGCAGGAUUGUGACUCUACGACAGGCUGCAGACACAGCAGUCCAAUUUGAUUUUCGGCCUGGAAGUCGACAGUCAAGUGAGAAUGAAAAGAUGAAAUGCCAACUGCAGAAAACAUUUGAAAGUCAGAGUCCAAAAAAUGCACCUAGUUAUUGGUCUCAGCAAGGAUUAAUUCAUAAGAAGAAUGGAGAAUUGCUGCAAGCUGUUGAAUGCUUGGAGAAGAAAUUAGGCCCUUUACUAAGGAAUAGCCCUUCAAGCUUAAGCUAUUUGUUCCUGCCAGAGCCAGAGAUGAUAAAGAAAUCAGCCACUUCCCUGACCAUGAGCUGACUUUGGGAGGAAGGAAUGACUCACUUCCGGAACAAGCUGUUUGGGAGCCCGAGAAUAAUGGGGGACAGGAAUGCAGGAGUUAUCCAAUCUGAGCAUAAUGAUCAGAUGGUC